AUGAUGUAUUUUAACUAUCAUAUAUUUAUUUAUUUAUUUUUUGUUGUUAACUUUUAUGGAAAUGUUAUGAGUACCACUAGUUGGUUUUCAAAAAAAGAACCAUUUAUUCCAUCAAUAAAGAAUGUUGGUGUUGUAACAUUAGUAACCGGAAUGUUAGAAAGAACUUCUUCAGCAAAUAAAUGUAUUGGUGCUGUGACAUUAAUUAAAGAUAAUGGAUAUUUUAUUGUUGUUGAUUCACCUUCAGCAACUGAUAUGAUUUCAAAAGAAAAAAUGCUUAAAACUUUAGCAUUACAAAAAAUAUCACCAACUGAGAUACAAAUGGCUAUUACUACACAUGGUCAUCCAGAUCAUUUUGGUCAAGGAUUAUUAUUUUCAAAUGCACGACAUUUUUUUGCUAGUUAUGAGUAUACAGAUAAUACCUAUAUUACAACGGAUUUAUCAACUAAUGAUUCUAUGAAGUUAACACAUCACGUUGAAAUUUGGAAUACUCCUGGUCAUACUAAUCAAGAUGUUUCUAUUAUUGUUAGAACAUCUUGUUGUGGAACUAUCGCUGUUGUUGGUGAUCUUUUUUAUGAUGAAAAUGAUGCUAAUGGAGAUAUUAAAAAUUGGAUUAAUGAAGCAUGGAAUCCAAAAUUAGGAAUGAUUAAUAGAAGAAAAGUUAUUUGUAAUGCUAAUAGAAUUGUUCCUGGUCAUGGACCAAUGUUUAAAGUUACUGAUAAUAUGAAAAAACUAUACAAUUGUUCUAAAUGUAUAAAAUGUGCAGCUAUUAAUGUUAGAUGUAAAGUUUGCAAACCUAUUAUGGAAAAAGUUUUAAUUACAACAAAAUCAAUAACUACUACAACUGAUACUCCAACGACACUAUUUAUUCCAACAACAACAACUGAAAUUCCAACAACGAUAUUUACUAGUACUACAACAGAAUUUCCAACAACAAUGUCUACUAGUACUACAACUGAAAUUCCAACAACAAUGUCUACUAGUACUACAACUGAAAUUCCAACGACAAUGUCUACUAGUACUACAACAGAAUUUUUAACAACAUCGUCUACUAGUACUACAACUGAAAUUCCAACAACGAUAUUUACUAGUACUACAACAGAUUUUCCAACAACAAUAUCUACUAGUACUAAAACUGAAAUUCCAACAACAAUAUCUACUACUACUGCUACAACUGAAUCUCCAACUAUUAUGACUAAUAUAUUAACAAAAAUUACUACUAAAUCUUUAACAAAUACAGAAAAUAAAAUUUCUGAUAUAAAUCAAAUUAAUUCUAUGAUAACAACAUCAACAACAAUUCCAUUAUGCUUUAAUGGUCCACAGUUACAGUAUUAUAUUUUUACUCAUCCAUGUCUACCAUGUCCUACAUGUCCAAUUUAUUAUCCAACAAAAAAUGAUAAAGCUGAAUUUAAUUUCGAUGAAUUUGUCUUAAAAUAUAAUCCAAUAUCUAAAGUAAAAAAUAUUAACAAUGAAGAAAAAAUAAAUAAUAAUUUAUCAAAAUUAAAUUAUCAAAAUAUAAACAAUUAUAUAAAUUCUAAUCAAAAAUUAGUACAACAGCCAAUAAUAUAUCCAGAAACAAAGUCAUACUCAAUAUUAAGACCAUUUUCAAAAAUUUCCCCAUAUUUUGUAGAUGAUAAUAAGAAAGAAAGUACUACUAUAUUACCAAUAACUAUAAAUUCAAAUCAACUUCCAUCACCAUUUAAAAAUGUUGCUUCUAAUUUUAUGAAUUAUUUUAGAUCACAUAUAACAAAAGAAAAAUCUAUGGAAGAUACAGCAAAGUCAAUAGUUAAUGAUGCUUUAAAAGUAAUAAAGGUUAAUCAAUUAGAUAAUAUGCUUUCACAACAAAUAUCACUUUUUCCAGGUGUCAAUAAGAUAAAGACAAAUGAAGAAAAAUUUUAA